AUGCGACAACUUCUACUGCUAGUAUCAAUAGCAGCUACUUGUAAAGGAUGCGCUAGAACAGUACCCAGUGAUGAUGCUGUACUUCCUCCAUCAGUCACAUCACCGCCCACGGCAGCACCCAUUAUAGCGUGUGCUAUGUGCGCAACCGAUUCGGUCCUUUUCCAUCCCGCAAAUGGUGAAUUUACAACGGACGCCAUCAGCAGAUCGCUGCCAAAAAAUGCACAAGGAUGUCGUCGCAUGAGUGCAGUUUGCGAAUCUGGCUCACCAACUGAAAAUGCUUUUAUGGAGUUCCAAAACAAUCGAGCGGGACCGGGACCUAUAGGUCCUACAGUGACUGCAACAUUAGUCUGCAAAGCUGAUCAACAGUGGUACUACAGCGAUGGAGUUGAUUCACUCGCCGUCACUGAUGUUUACUGCAGUACAACAAAGCCGUCUACAACAGCUUGUGGUACCUGUGAUACUUCUACUGUAACGUUCCAUACGGCUAGCGACUCAGAUCCCACUAGCAUAGAUGCUGUCAUGGAAACCCUGUCGAAUGACGGGCAAGGAUGUAAGAGAAUGAGUGCCGUUUGCGACUCUGGCUCGGCAACCGACAAUGCGUUAAUGGAGUUCCAAAACAGUAUCGCUGGACCUCCGAUGGCUCCCACAGUGACAGCCACACUAGUUUGUCGCGACGAUCAACAAUGGUACUACAGCGAUGGAACUUCGGCGCUUGCAAUUACGGAUGUUUACUGUUCUACGACGGCAGGAUCCGAAACAGAAACAUGUGGAACGUGCGACCCGAGUACUGUUACUUUUCUCCCAGCUUCUGGAGAAUUUACGGCGGAUGCAACAAGCGAGGAAUUGCCUGACAACGCUGAUGGUUGUAAACAAAUGAAUGCCGUUUGCAAUUCCGGUACAGCAACUGACACAGCAUUCAUAGAGUUCAAUGAUGGCGUCGGUGGACCGAACGAAGACGCAUCGACAGUGAAGGCUCUACUGACUUGCAAAGCUGAUCAGAAAUGGUACUACGAUACACUACCCGUUACUACUGUCAAAUGUAAGACAACAGCUGGUGGUGGAACCACAGAAGCCUGCGCAUCAUGCGAUGACAGCGCGGUCUCUUUUGGUGUCAAGAUGUUGGACUAUGAAUUAGACGUAAUGAAAGUACCGCUUGCAAACGAUGCAAAUGGCUGUAAGCAAAUGAAUGCAGUUUGCACAGCAUCGUCACCGGAAUUGACUGCUUUCAUGGAGUUUAACAUGAUUACCGGACCGGCACCUGGGCAGACGGUCACUUCAUUACUGACUUGCAAAGACGAUGGCAAAUGGUACUUUGGAGGAACGCUGGCUGUGACGUCAGUCGACUGCCAAGAAGCUCAACUGUAA